AUGGCCUCGUUGCUGAAGGUGGAUCAGGAAGUGAAGCUCAAGGUUGAUUCUUUCAGGGAGCGGAUCACAAGUGAGGCAGAAGACUUGGUGGCAAAUUUUUUCCCAAAGAAGUUGUUAGAACUUGAUAGUUUUUUGAAGGAACCAAUUCUAAACAUUCAUGACCUAACUCAGAUCCACUCAGACAUGAAUCUCCCUGUCCCUGACCCCAUUCUUCUCACCAAUAGCCACGAUGGACUGGAUGGUCCCACUUACAAGAAGCGAAGGUUGGAUGAGUGUGAAGAGGCCUUUCAAGGAACCAAGGUGUUUGUGAUGCCCAAUGGGAUGCUAAAAAGCAACCAGCAGCUGGUGGACAUUAUUGAGAAAGUGAAACCUGAGAUCCGGCUGCUGAUUGAGAAAUGCAACACGGUCAAAAUGUGGGUACAGCUCCUGAUUCCCAGGAUAGAAGAUGGGAACAACUUCGGGGUAUCUAUUCAGGAGGAGACAGUUGCAGAACUAAGGACUGUUGAGAGUGAAGCUGCAUCGUAUCUGGACCAGAUUUCUAGAUAUUAUAUUACAAGAGCCAAAUUGGUUUCUAAAAUAGCUAAAUAUCCCCAUGUGGAGGACUAUCGCCGAACCGUCACAGAGAUUGAUGAGAAAGAAUAUAUCAGCCUCCGUCUCAUCAUAUCAGAACUAAGGAAUCAGUAUGUCACCCUACAUGACAUGAUCCUGAAAAAUAUUGAGAAGAUCAAACGGCCCCGGAGCAGCAAUGCAGAGACACUGUACUGA